UUACCUGGUUUCACAUUCUCUCCUUUAGAGCUGAGGCUAUUAUCACAGUGGUCGGAGUAACUACUGGGUCUACGUGGGAAAUGACGAACCGGUUCUUGGCAAGGCGUGGGUCUGUAUUCUUCCUUCACACUUUCAUAUUGCUCCAUGUUAUUCAAUUCCUCUUCAUUUGAGCUAUCAAGGCUACUUCCAGCAGCACCAGUACUGUGUUGAGAGCGUUUGAAAUCGGCAACAAUUUGGCACUGUGUUGAGUGAGUUGGGGAGUUGCAACCAUGGGCCAGGAUGUCGAGAAGAGGCCCGUGGAAGUUGUGCCGCCUUCGGUUCUGUCACAGUUGAAGGGAGUAAUCGCUUCUAUAGAGAAGGGAGUUUUGAAUAAGGAGAUGCGGUUGAUGGCUCGAGCCAAUCGCCAGAUGUUUGCUGUCCGUCGACAGUUGAAAACAUCCACUGUGAGCGCAAUCAUGAAGCACGCUCUUCCUGCUGGUUCCGACGCCUUGGCUCGCCUGUCGCCUUUCGUUGCUGCGCUUGAAAAGAGUGAGAAGGACAUGGACGUGGAUAGCCCUGCAAUCACUGGACAGUCCCAUGGUUCCCAGAAGCAAUCGGUGUUGCCUGAAGUAGAAAUAUUUUGCUACUUAUUGGUUACUAUCUUCUUAAUUGAUCAGAAGAAGCUGAAAGAGGCAAAGGCUUGCUCAACAGCAGCUGUCAAAAGACUUCAACAAUUAAAUCGUCGAACUCUAGAUUUUUUGGCUGCACGAGUUUUUUACUAUUACUCUUACAGCCACGAGAUUACAGACUCUCUUGCUGACAUCCGUGGGACUUUACUUGCUUUGCACCAGACGGCCACACUUCGACAUGAUGAGCUGGGGCAGGAAACAUUAUUGAACUUGCUGCUACGUAAUUACUUGCACUAUAACCUUUAUGACCAUGCAGAGAAGCUUCGGUCAAAAACUCAACGAUCCGAUUCUCACUCGAACCAACAGCUUUGUCGGUACCUGUUCUAUUUGGGAAAGAUUCGAACAAUUCAAUUAGAAUAUACUGAUGCCAAGGAGUGCUUGCUGCAAGCAGGACGAAAGGCCCCAGCUAGUGCUAGAGGUUUCAGGAUUCAGUGUACAAAGUGGGCGGUUAUUGUGCGCCUGCUCUUGGGUGAGAUCCCUGAACGCACCACGUUCAUGCAACCUGGGAUGCGCAAGGCUCUCCGACCUUACUUCGAGCUUACCAAUGCGGUGCGUAUUGGAGAUUUGGAGCUGUUCCGCCAUGUUGCAGAGAAGUCUUCAAGUGUUUUUACUGCUGACAAGUGCCACAAUCUGAUUGUGCGCCUGCGACACAACGUCAUUCGAACAGGUCUUCGAAAUAUCAGUAUUGCUUACUCGCGAAUCUCGUUAACUGACGUAGCUAAAAAAUUGCACUUAGAUUCUGCUACACCUGUGGAUGAUGCCGAGAGCAUUGUCACAAAGGCUAUUCGAGAUGGAGGAAUUGAUGCGUCUGUGGACCAUUCUAAUGGCUGGAUGCAAUCCAAAGAAACUGGUGACGUCUAUUCAACUCAGGAACCUCAGCAAGCAUUUCACUCUCGAAUUGCGUUCUGUCUUAACAUACACAAUGAAGCAGUGCAAGCUUUGCGAUUCCCACCUGAUGCUCACAAGAAGGAACUGGAAAGUGCUGAAAAGCGCCGUGAGCGUCAGCAGCAAGAGCAGGAGCUUGCGAAGCACAUUGCAGAGGAGGACGAUGAUGAGUUUUAGAUAGCAUACUAGGUUUUUCAUGAUAGAUCAUAUGUUCUCCAGCUUCUUCAAGCUCCUCGAAAUCUAUUUUUUUGUCUUUUCGUGGAAAUUCUUCUUGUAAAGCCUCCAAUCGAGAUUGGAUAACGAGCUCUUGCAAUGGCUCCCAGAUGUAGGGAUAUCAUGUCCCCACUCUUAACAUGAGCUAUGUACAGGAAUUCAAAAGGUCGUUCACAGAUGUUGAUACGCCUAUGUAGAAAGUAGGAAAUUUUCCUCACAUUUUGAAGUUGUGGAACUGACUGUCAGUGUUAGUAAUAUGUCCUGAUUGUUAUCUGAGACUGAGUAAUCCCACUUUCAGAUCAUGAUGUCAGCUGGAGGAUUUAUUGAAAUCCGUAAGACUGAAAUGUUGAACUGAAACCUGUGGAUCGUUCUUGGCGGUUU